UACUGAUUAAUUUGAGCUAAUUUGGGAAAUUGAUAUUUUGAGAGGAAUUUGUGAGAAUUUGAGGCAUACGUUAUGUAUGGUGUUUUGGAGUGGGGAAAUUUACAAUUUGUCACAUGUCCCUCACCUCCUCCCAAAACCUGAGGGGUCAACCCCUCUUCAUGACUGUGGGCGGACUACCCGUGAGUAUAUAAAGCUCUACCCGAUGCCAGAGGAUCCCAGAGUCGUUUCACCCCCUUGGAUGCCCUCAUCUCUCUUAACUACAGAGUUUGAAAUGUUCGGUGGAUAAGAAAAGCUUAUAAUGAUCGAAUCAUCCGUUAAAAAAUCAGUACGAGUCUUUUUACCGAGUGGAAGAAUGUCUUCAACAUUUGCUGUGGACCCUAUAGCGUGUCUCUGGAUUGUCCUGUUGCUCACGAAUGUCAUCUUGGCGGAUAAUAAUUUCUACACACAAGGACGUUACGGAAAACGUCAAGAGUCACGUCCAGAGUCUAACAAGCGGCCCCUGUUCUUUCCAAGCCGAUACGGCCGAAGCAUUCCAAACUCCGAUGAAACAUCGGGUGGAGGAUCGAAAAUAGUGGAGAUAUCACCGCGACCUGAUCGCUUCUACCUCGGCAGUCGUUAUGGAAAACGUGGACCAGUUGGAGAUGAGGAAUCAACUGGUGGAAGUCGAUUUACAUCGCUCAGCAGACUAGAGGCUAUUCUGCGGUAUCUAGACCGUGCCCGAAGGUCCAAUCAACAUCGUAAUAAACAAAAUUAUGAAAUUGAGCAGAUCUAUUACGACAAUGGGUACGAUGAUGGCAAUGAUGACAAUCUAGUUGAGGACAAUGACAGCAAGACUCCGUGUCAAUCCGGCAGCCAGUGCUAACUCAAAGGAAAUGAUGAAGAAAUAGUUGAGGAAAUAUGACGCGAGAUAUGAAUACUGCUUGAAAUGCGGAAUAAAUCGUUUUGUCUCUCUUUGGAAUUCACUACUGGCUUUCCAGAAGGCACGCUAAACUCUUCCUCACGAGGAAUUCAUCGAUAAACCAAAAUUGAUACUAGUCAAGUAAAAAAUGUAUUUAAUUUUCGGAUAAAAUCUAAGAUUGAAGUCCGUCGCGAAAAUGUUUUGAAGGUAAUAUUGUCUCUUCAAUUCUACAGAUAUCUGUGAAAUAGUCUAAUCUAGUGUUGAUUCUUGGAAUUAUUAAUUAGUAUUAAUAUUGAUAUAUAAAUAUCGAAAAUACAUGUAACUCUUUCUCUCAAAAGCAAUACAAUUUUGGCAGCGCUCUACAUCAUUUUUGUAUCUAAAAGUGAGAGAAGUGGUUGAGACAUGAUAGUUUAACCAUUAGUCAUACCCCUGUGAUUUAAUAUCUUUUACGUUUUAUGGAGCAGGGAAGUGGGAUUUUUUUUUUUAAAAGAGUCCAGCGAAAGUUUUGGAUGUUUUAAAUGAAUUAUGAAAAUUUGUUGUUGAAUAAAACAGAUCAACUCACUUUUACAGUGAAUUUAUUUGAACGCUCAGUUGAGGGACUCGUAAGAAAUUAAUUUGAACAGAAUUAAGAACUCAAUUUUGUUUCAUCAAUCAAUCUCGUUA